UGCGGAAACCUAAAAAGCUGUGAAAAGUAAAAAAUGAAAAUGCGCCGAAAACGCCGGCUUGAAAACUCCUGCUUUCCUGCUUCCGGCUUCAUUUUACUGAGCAGCUGUUUGCUAAUCACAGCUGGAGCAGGGGAUACUGUAGCAGCACAGAGACAGGCUGGUUUUCCGUGUACUGCUAUGGGUACUGGGUACUAUGCUGAUACUGGUGCAGACUGUACUGGAUACUUUAUGUGUACUAAGGAAAGUACACAGGGACUCAGAUUCGCUUGCUCCCCAGGGACCAGGUUUCAACAAAAAAGUCUCGUUUGUGAUCAUGCCUACAGUGUGAAGUGUGAAGAAUCAGAAAAAUAUUUCUUUUUAAAUAAAAGAAUUGGGUUUCCACAUAUCAAUUUACAUGACUUCAGUCCAAUAUCUAACCGGAAACAAAACGAUGCUGUUUUUAAUGAAGUAUUGACACCGGAUCGACAUCUCAGUAAAAAAAGUCUAAAUCUGGAAUCCACGAAUAACGGAAAUGUUGAAGGCCUUGUAUUCCAGUCUCGUGGAUUUUCAAGCUUUCAAAAUAGCAGGCAAUUUCCAGUGACUUCAACGCGCCUUGAGAAAAGUAUCAUUGUCCCACUUCCUAACUUUCAACAUGAUCUCGACUCUCAGCUUAAAUGGGACAAUUCAAAAUACCACAAAGCGAGUUCCCUUGUCAAAGAGAACCAAGUAGUUCCUCCAAAUAUUAAAAAAUACCCACAAAAUGUUAACGACGAGAAGAUUUUUAGAGGCGAAUAUGAACCUGUCUUCCCUUCCCUAACUCUUCUUCCACCGCAUGUAAAUGCAAAAUUUACAUUAAUUGAGAGGGGAAAUGUUUCUUCUUCAUUUUCUUCCAGAUCAAUCCUUCCUCCUCAUUCCAAUCCUGUCAUUCUAUCUUCUUCCAAUCCCAUUCUUCCUCCUCAUCCCAGCCCCACCCCUCCGUCAUCUUCCAUUAUCAUUCUUCCUCCUAAUUCCAGUCCUACCCUUUCAUCUUCUUCCGUUCCCAUCCAUACUUCCCAUUCCAGUCCCAUUCUUUCUUCCUCUCCCUCUUCCAUUCCCAUUCUUUCUUCCUCUUCCAAUCCCAUCCUUCCUUCCCAUUUCAGUCCCAUUCUUCCUUCUUCUUCCAUUCCCAUCCAUACUUCCCAUUCCACUCCUAUUCUUCCUUCCUCUUCCAUUCCCAUUCUUUCUUCCUCUUCCAAUCCCAUCCUUCCUUCCCAUUCCAGUGCCACUCUACCUUCCCCUUCCAUUUCUAUCCAUCCUUCCCAUUCUAGUCCUACCCUUCCAUCCCCCUACAGCACCCCCCUACCCGAUACAUCCCCCCAGGGACUGCAGUACAAUAUUGUUUACAAAACAAGCAAGGAAGAGAUUCAAAAAGUACACAAAAACGUCGACAGAAGGAAGCAAAAAGAAAACUCUUCACGAGCGAAGCUAGAAAAGAGGAAACCCAAAAAUGUUGCAGUUCCUCCGAGGACUCUAGAGCCUCCAAGAGAAUCAGCCUCCAUUUCCUUUUUCGAGGAUACGAGGCUAGUCAAGGGACACCAUGGAGAAAUAAAUUCUGAAGAAAUAGAUGAAAUUCAAAAAGUUGCUCCUUUUAGAGAUUUAAUACCACCACAAAAAUCAAUCCCUCCCACAGUUGUACUGCCUCCAAGUAUUUUAACACCUCCGACAUUUUUACAGCCUCCGACAAAUUUACAGCCACCAACAUUUUUCCAGCCUCCGAAUGUUUUAUCCCCUCCAAGUGGUAAAUCUGGAAUUAAAACUAAACUGAGUCUGGAGAAUGAAUCAAUAUGGCGUGAAGUUGAAAAUGAAGAACUAAAAUUUGGAUCCAAAUCUGCAAUCAGAGAUGUCAAUGGUGGAAAAAACGUAGCAAAGAAAUACUCCACGAUCUUGCCAAAUUUUACGGGAACGGAAAACCCGACAUUUCAGACGGACAUUGCGCCAGACUCUCAGAGAGAUCACAAUGGCGACAGAGAGACAGAGGUCAAUGAUAUUGAAAAUGAGAUUGAUUCUGAGUUUGUGGUGAAACCACGGGGUCCAAUCCAAGGAUUCUUCAACAAGGAUAAACUUGAACAGUUUUCAUUCUUUGCCAGGAGUAGCACUGAAUCACCGGCUAUAUCUUAUCCUUCCUUGACCUUUGGUUUUAUUCCAAUAGAGGAAGAUUCAUUAGAAGAAAAAACAAGAAAGGGGCGCCAAAAUAUUCAGAAAUCUCAGCAGCUCCUUUCAGACACAAGUAAUGAACACCUAGAGAGGAAGGUUAGCCUAGUGUCCCCCCCGGAUGAGCUAAGUGCCCCUCUGAAACAGGAGACCCAACCCAAACCCACUUUUCAAUCUGGAAAGAAAUCUAUUUUGGAUUUUCUGGGAAUAUUUGACACGAGGCGCUUCUUCUAUAUUCCGACGGAACGCGCGGACAAAGACGAUGGAAUCCUCGAAAUUAUAUCAAGAAUGUUACGCGGCUAAAGAUGGCAUUGCUGUUAAGUUGAUGAACAAUGUCGCAGGAAUGUGAAUGACAGCUUAUAUUUGUUUUAUAAAGACUGAAUUGGCAUAUGUUUAAUAAUUUUGAAUUAUCAUAUUAGUUUGAUUUUGUAGUUAAAUUUUGAGAUGUGCCAUAUUUGUUGCUUUCUUCAAAAACCUCUUGUUAAAUAAUGAUCAAGUGAAUUUCUUUUUAAAAAACUAGUCAUGCAAAAAUGAUGGACAGUGAUUUGAAUGCUUAUUAAUUCUUGUUCAAAUAAAACCUUGAUUUACCUAUAAUUUAUCUAUUUAUUGUGUUUUUACACUACAAUAGUAAUAUUUAAAAUAAAGUAUAAGAAUUGAUAAAAGUACAC